AUGCCUUGGUCAGAUCAUUUAUCGCGUACAAAGUCGGUCUCAUCGAGCGAUAAGCAGCCGCGCGCCGAUGCUGAAGCUCCGACCACAAAAUCCAAAUCGCAUCGGAGAUCUCGUUCCAACAGUAGCCCGGCAACACCGGCACCAGCUGCCGCCACCCCAGAACCGAAACAAGUCACCAAGAAGGAUCCUGCUUCGACGGAAGCAAAACAAUCACCAGUUGAAAAGACACCAGAAACACCCGAGGAAUCAAAACCAUCUACGCCAACUUCGGCGUCGCGGAAGUCGGACCCCAAGCCGAUCGGACGACGAAACUCGUGGAUAUCUAGUUUGAGCUCGAAGUUUUCGUCUGGAUCGACGCCUCCGUCACAAUCAAGUCUUAAGGCAAGCCCAGCGAGCCCGAAAACGACAAGUCCGCUCGAGACGCACAACCCGUUUGGCGCGGCCUACUCUCCGAAGGAUAAAGAAGAAGAGAAGAAGGAUGAGAACAAUCCCUUUACCUCAACAUCCCCGAAGGGACCUUCGUUUAUUCACAAUGCGUUGCGCAAAUUCUCAUCCAACUCCGGUGGAUUGCCCAAGUUAAACCCGAACGACUCGAUCUGCCCUCGCCGCGUGAUGAACAUUGACCAAACUCGACAUCGGUGUAAGGUCGCCGAUUUGAAGCAGGCCAAAUUGAAUCGUGUGGCGUUUUGUGUGGACGUCGAGAUCGCGGGCAUCUCUCACCUGGACGAUGACGAGGAGGCCCCUCCAACGAACCAAUUGCGACAACCGUUACCAGAAUCCAAUAGUCACAGAUCCAAGAAGGCCGAACUCAAGAACAAGGAGCACGAGGAAGCUGAUGCUCUGAAACGACCCCAGGCUACAUUGGCAGAGAAAGAUAGCUCCUCUCCAGCCCCCGCGAAGACUACGGAGAACGCGAAAAGCCAAACUGCGCCCAAAGAGAAAUCUGGAAGCUCCCCACCCAACGGAGAAACGACCGAUCCAAACAGGAAACAGGAAAAGAAGAAGCGCUCAGAGGCGGAACGCAAAGAGCGAAAAGAGAGGAAGCGCAGGCAAGCAGUGGCAAACGGCUCAGUGCCAUUGCAACUUGACGGCGCGAGUGAUGAAGAAGACACACAGGCGCCAGUCGCAGGUACCUCCUCGCGGUCUAAGACGCAAAGUCACCCCACAACAGACCCGGUCCGAAUUUAUCGCCGUUGUUGCCAACUUCGCGAAACCCCUGUCCUCAAGAGAGUGGUUGACGAAAUUUCGAAGCCAUCGUCUACACUAGCCGAGUCCCCCGGAACCGUCGCAGCCCUUGAUCUCAGCAACUUCCCAAUGACCUCGCAGGAUUUGACAACUUUCAGCGACUGGCUCGCCGUUGUCCCGGUCCGCAAACUGAUACUCGAAAAUUGCGCUUUAAAUGAUCAAUCUGUCCGAUCGAUUCUCGCGGGCUUGCUUUCUACCAAGACCAUAGAACAGAUGCGUUAUCGACGCAGAAAGUCAAGAAGACCAGAUUGUUCAAGUAUCGAGGACCAGGAGAGGUACGGCGUCGUUGAGAAAUUGUCUUUGAAAGACAAUCCCAAGAUUGGACGAGAGGGAUGGCGCCAUAUCAGUUUGUUCAUUCAUCUGUCCAAGUCGUUGAAAGCCAUCGAUGUUUCAGGCAUACCUUUCCCUCAAGGCCAGGUUACGAUCGACCCUGCCCAAGAUACCACAGCGAAAACCCAAACGCCUGUCGCCGAUGUGAGCAUGGUUUUCGCCAGUGCACUGGCGGAACGCUUUGGUGGAGACCAUCUCGAAGAGUUACUCAUGAGCGAGUGCAAUCCCUCAGUCGAGGCUAUCAAGCAGAUUUGUCAAGCAGUCACUACAAUGGGUCUGCGCAGACUUGGCUUUGCAAGCAACGGCAUGACGAGAGAAGGCUUAGAGCACGUGGUAGAGUACCUCAAGGCGGGCCAAUGUGAAGGACUGGAUUUGGGUGGCAAUGCCAUCAAGAAUGAUCUCGAUCUGAUCACACAGGCACUUGAGCCAGAGACACCUUUGUACGCGUUGAGUCUGGCUGAUUGUUCUUUGAACCCGUCAGUGAUCUGCCCACUGCUCCAAUCUCUUGCCCAGGUGCAUAAUCUCCGCUUCAUCGAUUUCUCCCAUAACCGGGAACUGUUCACGGCGAAACCGGACGCUCUUGGUGCCUUCCGUCGAUUCUUGCCUAAGAUGACAUCGCUGAAGCGUUUCCAUCUUGCUGAUGUCAACUUGACACCAGACCAUGUGAUUGGUCUCGCCGAAGUACUUCCGGAGUGCCCCAGCCUCUGCCACUUGAACAUAUUAGAAAACAAGCAGAUCAUCGAGCUAGCUUCGACAACGAACCCUGUUACCCAAGAAGAGGCAUGUGCGGUGUACGCAUCAAUGAUGGCAGCGGUUCGUGUGUCGCGAACCAUCAUUGCAGUCGAUAUCGAUGUUCCGAGCGCUGAAAACAACGAGGUUGUCAAAGCUUUGGCGUCUCAAAUCGUGGCCUACUCGCUUCGAAACCUGGAAGGCGGCGCCAUUGCCGAAGAACUUUCAGACUCAAUCAUUCCUCUUGGGACUAAGGAUGUUCCGGUGCCCGAAAUCCUGCAGCAUAUUGUUGGUCACUCUGUUCCGUCAGAAGAGCCCUGUGACGAGGAGGAUGAACCGGCUCCUGAUGAAGACUAUGUCAUUAGUGGUACGGGCGUCGUCAAAGCAUUGGGUGUUUGCCUUGGCAAUUUGGAUCGCCAUGGACUCGAUACCCCUGGAGAGAUGUCCGUUCCGGCGAGCGGUACCACAACCCCCAGGCGUCGCAAGUCUCGAAGUGUCGUCAGCAAGCGACCCAGAGACAUGUCAAAAGAUUUGUUGGAGUCCGCACGGAAUAUCAGAACCCGCAUCCAAUCAGCUCUCAUUCGAGAAGACCGUGCUGGUAAUGAUGCGAAUUAUCGUCGCCUGCAGUUCCUUGACAUGACCCUGCACAGGAUGAUUCAGCGCUUCGAAGAUGAAUACCCCGAGACUCGCAUCAUGCCACAGGCCGAGUCAUUACCCUCCCACCCUGCGCCUGACACUAGCUCCCAACACUCAGGGGAGGACGGAACUGGCUCUGUCACUGCUGGCAAUAUGACUAGUAGCCAAAUCGAGGAGAAUGGCGCCGACGAUGAUGACGGCGAAUAUGACACCCGUCUAUCCCGCGCCAGCUCGAUGACCUCUCUUCACUCUCGGGCCAUGACCUCCCAAGAAGGCCACAUUCAUCGCAUUGGCCAGAACCUCCGCCGCGAUUUCCUUAAGCCAUCACUGGUCCCCGGCGAUGGCGACGAAGAGCUCGACAACGAAGACACCUCACACAUCACUGCUCUCAGACAGAAGCUGGAACGUCUGCAGGACGAGCAAUCCCUAUCUCAGUUCGACAACUUCGACUCCGAUAGAGCCUUCGAUCAACUUGGAACCACCGUCGAUGAACUCUGGGCCGCACAGCAACAAGACGCGGAAGGCUUCGAGCGCUUCAAGCAGUCUCAAAUUGCUGCCCAGUUCAACAGCGGUCUUCGGUCGAGGGGCAAUAACGAACCUAGGAAAGACUCUGAUGAAUCAGAGACUAAGUCCUAA